ACAAAAAUGUGUUUACAUACAUAACCUUUAAAAGUUGAACUGUUUAAAAGUUGAAAUACAUUUUCGAUAUUGGAACAUUUUUUUUUGAUUAAAAAGGAGAAAAGCAUUUUCUUUUGUUUUUCAAAUAUUAAAAAACACAUUUUUUACGAGGAAGUUUAUUUUUGCGUGUACUGAUAAAAAUAGUUAUUUCAACAAGUGAUUUUAGAGUGCGAAAUGACUGACGUUUUCAUUUCUAACCUAUUUUUCUAAAAGAAACAGUUCAAUUUAUUGUAUAUAUUUACAGAAAAAAGUGAAUUAUAAUUUUAUAAUUUAGUGCAUAAAUACGUUCACUAUUUUGGAAAAUAAAGAUGAAUAUUCCGCCAAUUCAGCAAGUCGGUGGAAUGGGUAUGGGACAAAUGGCACCAUCUGGAAAUCCUCAAUUAGCUCAACCACAGCAACAGGCACAACAACAGGGACAACAACAAUCGCAAGAAAAAUUGGAUAAUAUUUCAAAAGUUAAAUCACUCGUUGGUCCAUUGAGAGAGGCUUUAUCGUUGACAUUAAAAACUGCAACUCAAACAUUACAACAAAAUAGUCUCGUUGAUGUUGGAUCAACAAAAGGAAUUGAUCCACCUGAUCAUCGUUUUAAUAAAAAUAUGGAGGAUUUUUAUUCAAUUUGCGAUCAAAUUGAAUUACAUUUAAAAACAUCAAUUGAAUGUAUGUCACAACAUUCGAGUUCAAUUCGUUAUUUGCCAAUUCCAGUAAUGCCAACGAGAACAGAAGCUGUUACACCACAGGAAGGUACUGCAUUAACAUAUCCACAAUUUUUAAUGACAGUGCAAAAUCAAGUGCAAUUUAGUCGCGAUGUUCAUAAUACAAUGAUGAAAGUUGGUAAUGCUCUUUCAAACACUGAUACAUACCUGUGGUUAUCAAUUUUUAAUUUUUUUUUUCUUCAUGUAAAAAAAAAAAACCCCCGGAGAAUUUUGGGAAUUAUAAAUGUGCGCGCGUCCGUAAUGGACAACCCCAGCGGCGGAAGUUACAGUAUGGGCAUGAUGGAUACGGAGAUGUACGGACGACCGUCAACUUCACAGCUCGCAACAUCACAAAUGAUGUCUGACGCCGCGACGCCCGGCGUUGUUCAACGUGGUGUUAAAAGAUGUUACGAUGACGGUAAUGUGCGACAUUCACAAAUGAUGCAGGUGCCUGAGAAUUUAGAUGAAACAUUUACAAAUUUGGGACAACCAAAAAAAUCGCCACCAUCGAAUGGAAAAAAAACGAAAGGAAGGGUUAAAAUCAAGAUGGAAUAUAUUGACAACAAAUUAAGAAGGUACACCACCUUCUCGAAGAGGAAAACUGGCAUUAUGAAGAAGGCGUACGAGCUUUCAACAUUGACUGGAACCCAGGUGAUGCUAUUGGUUGCAAGUGAAACGGGCCAUGUUUAUACAUUUGCAACGAGAAAAUUACAACCAAUGAUAACAAGCGAAGCGGGAAAGGCAUUGAUACAAACGUGUUUAAAUAGUCCAGAUCCACCGCCAUCGGGUUCAUCGGGCGAUCAACGAAUGUCAGCAACUGGAUUUGAAGAAACAGAAUUGACGUACAACAUCGCCGACGAGGAGCAGAAAGAGGACACAGCUUCCCCGAGGUCGGACAUCUGUGGCAACGAUAGCGAAGGGGAUAACGAUAGUGACGUGGAAUCGCCUGUGUCGAAAGACUCGAAGAACCACACAGCAGGAAUGCCUUCAUUUUCCGCUGGUAUAAUGUAUCAAAUGCCACAGAACGUCGUUUAUUCGCCGAGUCCUGGAGUUUUACUCAGUAUCGGACAAAAUGGUCAACCCGUUCAAAUCUCACAAGACGGGGGGACAUCAUCUGUAAAUUCUGCACAAGCCAAUCAUCCAUUCAUCACGAUUCCUCUAAACGUAGCAAUGACUGCCGCCGGACUCUCUUUACCGGUGACAUCGAAAGCAGCAAUGUCUCCACCACAUUCUCUCACGUGUACUUCGAAUUCAGAUUUACCUUCGGACCUCAGCAAGGAUCGAAAGUGAAGAGUGAUAUACUAAGAUAAAAAAAAUUUUAAUGUUAUAUAUACAUUAUAUAUAUAUAAUAAUUGUGAAAUUCACAAAAAAAAAACAAAACAAGGUAAGUGCCAAGCUUCAUCUUUAAUAUCCUCAGGAAGCAAAAUAUUUCAUUCACAAAAAUCUGUUGAGUGAAAAAAAAAAGUUAGUCUUUCAAACCAACGAAACCUUUUUUUCAUAUUGUCUUCCUGAAUGUAAUGAUGAAAGAAAUAUUUCUUUUUAUUUUACUAUUAUUAGUAAGUUAAGCUUUCUUUCGUUUAAAAAUUAUUCUUUUAAAUGUCGGUGACUUAGAUGAAAAAAUUAAAAAAAAAAAAAAAAAAAAAGCGGAAGCUUUAUUUGUUUAGGGAAAUUCAAAAAUCAGGAGUUUUUUUAAAAAAAAAUUUAAUCUCUAUAAAUCUCUAUAUUCCCUAGGAAAUAAUUCGAAUUUCUAUUCAAUGAAAUGAAAAUUCAUUUAGUGACAAAAUUAAAAUUUCAAUUAUAAAUUAAGAGAAUUAAAUUAUUAAUUUAAUUAAUAAAUUUAAUUAACAAAUUAAUGAAUCAAUUAUUAAUAAAUUAUUAUAAUUAAUAAUUAAAUUAAUUAAUAAAUUAUUAUAAUUAAUAAUUAAAUUAAUAAUUUGAAAAUCAAAAUUUAAUUCUAAAGAAUAUUAAUGAGGAAAUUAAUUAAUUUUUUCUAUCUUUAAUUUUGUCAAUAAUCAAACACUGAAAUUUUAUUUUUAAAAAAUCAGGGACGAUAAGUACUUAAGAAUUAAUUUCUACUAAGUUUAUUAUUUGCAUAUUUAAAUUAUUCUCUGAGUCAAUUUAGUUUAAUUUUUUUUUUAGGGGACUUCUUUUUUGUUUUAAGAAUUAUUUUAGGAAACGAUUUUUAAUAAAAAAAAAAAAACAAAUUUGCUUCUUCGUUUUUCGGGUUUGGCCUUUUCUUCAAAAAAAUUUUUUUAUUCGAAUUAUAAAAAGUAUUAUUUUGGAUGAGGGCGGGGGGAAAAAAAUGUAGAAGAGGCCACAUCUCGCUGCAGAUCUCAUAUAUAAUGCUAAAAUACAAAAACAGUUUUCCCCGAAUAACUCUCGGAGAGUCAAAAUAUUUCUAUUACUUUGUUACGUGUUUCUUCCUCAAUUUUUGGUUAAAAGAAUUUUUUUACUCUGUGAUUUUAGCGUCGCUUUAUUUAUCUAAUAUAAAUUCAAAUAUAGUAUAUUAAAAAAAAAAACAAAAUCGUCACCAGUGAAAAAAAAUGUAAUAAUUAUUUUAAAUUCAAAAUUUUUUUUUAGAAAGAAAAUUUCUAAAUAUUGAUAGCGCAGCUAAAUACUAAUUUACAUAUAUCUUUUUUAUUUCAAUUUCUUUUAUGAUUUUGAAAAUAAAUUCGAUUAAAAUUAGUCAUAGAUAGUAAAGAUUUUAAAUAAAUAUAUAUUUUUCCAAAAGGAAACAUUAUUGUUAAAAAUAUAAAUUUUGUUCGUAUGUAAAAAAAAAAGUGUUUUUUUUCCGUUAUAGGAAGUGUUAAUCAUGACAGUUCCUUUUUCCUUUUUGGAAAGCCAGGAACUAGUCUUGCUUUUUCUGUACGUAAUCAUGAAAAAAAAAAAAAAAAAAAAACUGCCCAAGGGAAUAAUCCCGUAUGGCGAAAGUGCAUUGACUUAAAAAUAACUCCCGCUGCGCUAAUUUCGGAUCCAAAGCAAGAUAACUUCUCAGCCUCUCCAAAGAGCUUUAAGUAACUAGUUAUCCCGGAGAAGUCUCUGCGAGAAAUAUGCUUUUGCUUUUCUAAACUCUGCUCCAAAUUAGAAAUGAAAAGGGAAAUUCGACGAAGACGCAGCAAAAUUUUCUUUUCAAAACAAAUGAGAAAAAAGUUGAAAAUUUAAUUUCUUUUUUUAUUUAGUAAAAAAAAAGAAGGGGAUUUUUGUUUUACAAAAGGAAAAAAUUCAAAAAAAGUGUAAAAUUUAUUUUAAUUUCUUUUUUUAUUUAAUAAGAAAGGGAAUUUUUGUUUCCAGAGAAAAAAGUAUAUUUUAAUUUAGUAAUUAAUUUUUAUUUAGUAAAAAAAAGGAAUUUUUAAAUGUAGAAAUUAAAAAACAAAAAAAAUUUUAUUUAAUAAAAAAAAGGGAAUUUUUGCUUCCAAAAAAAAUUUUAAAUCAAAAAUUUUUUUAUUUUAUAAAAAAAAAGAACAAAUUAAUAAAAUAUUAUUAGAAAAUAAUUUUUUAUUUUAAUAAGAAAGAAAUUUUCUAUUUUGAAGGAGAGUUUAAAGAAGCGAGGAUCAAUUGUUUCGGAAUAGAAUUUUUUUUUUUUUUUUUUUUUUCUUUAGUAAAUAAGGUUUCUAGUCGAAAGAACUGUUAAUGUGCAAUCGCUUAAGCGAAAAAAAAAUAUAUUUUUAGAGGAAAGCGCAAGAUAAUAUUAUUAUAUUUUAUAUAUAAAUAUAUAUUAUAUUUUGCAUCUUAUGACAUAAACUGCGGACUUUCGCAAUGAGGGUCACAAGAAAAUUAUAUAGAAAUUUUUUUUUUUAGUAAAGAAAGUCCUUAGUCUCCAACUAGAUACUUGCCCUAUCAAAAAAAAAAAAAAAAAAAAAAACAAUUACACAUUUUUCAUCAGACAAAUAUGUAUAUUCAUUUUUAUAAAUAAACAAAAUACCGUUACGUUUUUUCUAUUAUUAUCUCACUUGAACAAUUUCAAUAUAAAAAAAAGAUUUUCCAGAUUUUAGGUUUUAAUUAAUAAUUUUUAUAUAAUGUUAAAUGUAUAUGUUUUAUAAAUUAUUAUUAUUAUUGUAGAUUUAAGGUGAAUCAUCUACGAUAGUUUUUAUGAAAAUUAUUAGUCUUCGAUAAAAAUAAAUUAAAAAAAAAAAAAAAAAAAAAACGCCGAAUAUUGUAAAAAGAUUUCAAAAACCGUCGCAUUUGCAAUAAUCUGAAAUCUUUAAAUAAUGAUAAUUAUUAUAAAACUUAAAUUAACUACGAAAAAGUGUUAAUAAAUUGUUGCCAUAUAAUUUGCUUUUUUAAAAAUACAUUUUACGUUUAAAAAUGUCGGGUCCAGAAUUUUUAUAAAAUUCCCAACCUCUUCAGAAAGUUUUUUUUUUUUAAUUGAAAAAUUGAAUAAAAUAUUUAAAUCACUCUUUUGUAAAAAUAAUUAAAUUUUUUAUUUAAGCGAAAAUAUUUUUAAUUUGCGUUUGUUUUAAUUAUUUAUUAAAAUUAAAAAAAAGUUAAUUAAUUAAUAUUAAUAAUUAAUUUUUAUUUAAAUAAUUAAAUUGAUUUCUUUUUAUCAAUUAUUUUUAAUAAUUACCUUUUGCAAAAAAAAUUGGUGAAUCAAGAAUCUUCAGAAAACUCCUUUCUUUUCAUGCUCUCGUGAUACUCUGAAAUAACUACAAAAUCAUUGUUUGAGAAUAAAUAUUCCGUCUUAAUUAAUAAAAAAUGAAAAUAUAAAAAAUUACCGACAUAGAAAUCUACCUUACUAACUUUGUAACAUUUUCAAUAAAUAAAAAAUAAUAACGUGUUAUUGCUGCAAAUAUUUAGUUAUUUUUAUUAUUUCUUAAUUAAUUAGUAAUUUAAAAUACGUAAUUUUUUUGAAAAAUUUAAUUAUAAAUUUAAAAAAAAAAAAUUACCUAUCAUGAAAGUUUUUGAAAAUAAAAAAAAAAAUAUAUAUUAACAAUAACGGGGUUUGCACUUAUUAAGUAAUUGGCUACAAUUAUUAUAAUGGCCGUAAAUAUUAUUUUAUUACGAGCAUAUAGUCAUAAAUUAUAUUACUAUGGCUUUUUACGUUCAAAGUUAUUAAAUAAAAAGCUAUUAUAAUAUCGGGUUAGAUUCUUCUUUAACACUUUACCAUCGUUGUACAUUAUUAUUUUUCAUCAUCCCUUAUUUUCAAAUUACAUAUAUUUUCAGAAUAUCUAAUUGAGCAAAAAUUCAGAAAGCAUUUUUUUUUUUUUUUAAUAUUUUCUAGGCGAAAAAAAGAAAAGUAUCGAAAAAGAGAAAAAAUCAUCUUUCUGAUAUAAAAUCUAAUUUUAAUAUUGUUGGAAAAAAAAUUUAAGACUGACUUUGAAAUCAAAAAAAAAAAAAUUGAAAAUAUUCGUGAGGAAAGUAAAAAAUUAUGUAAAAUAAAAAUUGAAAAAAAUCCAAGUACUUUUUACAUGAUAAAAUGAAAAAAAAGGUGUGUCAACCUAUUUUGUAAAUAAAAAAUGCGAAUUGAUAAUCUUCAAUGUAGAAAAAACAUAUAUAUAUAAAAAGUGUCGCAAUAUUGCUUAGGGAAAAAAAAAUCCAAUACACGAUUAUGUCAUCGCAAAACGUAAAUUGUACAGUAUUUCAACAAAAAAAUACGUUAUAUAUAUAACUUUUUUAUUACUCGCUUUUACGAUAAAUAUUUGCGCAAAAAAAAAAAAAAAAAAAAAAAAAAAAAAAAAUGGUUUGUAACAUAUGUUAAUUAAAAAAAAAGGAUUUAAAAAUAUACCAAAUGCACGAACCGCAAUUUCAAAUUUGAUUUAUUCAAAUACUUCCACAAUCCUUCUCCUUUGCCAAUAAUAAAAAAGUUCAGUAACAAAGAUCAUUUAAUUAUUAUUAUUAUAUUAUUAUUUAAUUCAAAACUCUAAGUUAAAUAAAAACAAAUUUUUUUUUUUAUUACUCGUCACUUUUUUUGUAAAAAAAAAAAUUUGAAAUUAACAAAAAAAAUUUUUAUUAUUAAUUUUUAAUUAUUUAUAAUAGAAAAUAUUAAUGAAAUUAGUAGUUAAACUAAUUUUAUAAAUAAUAAACUGGAAAUAAAAUAAAAUACUAAAAAAAAAAUAGUUCCAAAUGGAUUUUGUCGAAGACAAAUAAAAAGAUCAAUUUUUUUGUUUGAUUUAAUCAGAUAAUUAUAUUUUAUUUAUUUUCCAGUAAACGAGAAGAUCCACUGGGUUUUCUCUAAGGGCACUCUGAUUAAUGUCUAAAAUUGUGCAAACGGUAAGACUUUUCCGACAUGUGUAUUUCUUUUCUUUAUUUUUUUUUUUUUAAAUUAUUUUUAUUUCAAUCAUGUAAUAAAAAAUUGAUUUGUUUAUAUUUAUACUUAUCGCCUUGAAUUACAUUGCUUAUAUAAACCGAAAAAAUUCGUGUAUGUGUGUAUGUGUGUAAUUAAUUAAAAAGACUAUGUAUAUAAUAUAUGCAAAGCAUAUUACAUACAUUUACACAAAACUUUUUUUUUUUUUUGGAGCAAAAUUUCUAACAAUUUUUUUUUUGCUCCAUUUUCAUUUUAUUAUAGUUGUUAAUAUUUUUUUUUUUUUUUUUUUUGGUGUUGGGGCAGGGGAGGGGGGAGUGCAAAGAGCGAAUGAUUUUUUUUUAGUCGUCGAUAUAACAAUCUUGUACUUAGAAUUGUUUUUUCUUUUUUUUUUCUUUUCCUUCUAAAUUUUAACUACAAACUCGUAAUAGACUUUCCCAUGAAGCAAACUCAUACUUCGUAUAAAUUAAUAUUUUUAAUAUCGAGAAAUCUUUUUUUUUUUUUUUUGUAAUUUUCGAAGUAUAUUUCAUUAUAGCAUUUUUCUUUUUCAUUGAAGACCGCGAUUCUUUACAAUUGGAAACAUUUUCUCUCUCUCUCAUUUUCUCUUCUUUCACUCUUUUUUUUUUAUCUCUU